AUGGAUUCCCACGGAGGACAUUACCUCAACAAAGAGGCAGUGCUGUCGCCGCUGGGAGCCGCUCGCAUGUUCCAGCUUUUACUGGGUUGUACCACCAUGGCUCUGGUGGCCCACAGCGCCGGGUACAGCGCCACAUACGGGACCUUCUGCAUGUUUGUGUGGUGUUUCUGCUUUGCAGUGACGCUGCUGGUCUUCACGCUGGAUGUGACACGUUUGCAUGGCUGCAUGCCGAUCUCUUGGGACAACUUCACGGUGGCCUUCGCUAUGCUGGCCACGCUCAUGUAUGUCACCGCUUCCGUGGUCUAUCCGGUUUAUUUCCUGAACUCCGAAUGCCCGGCUGAGGGCUGUGAAGUGAGGAACUACCGAAUUGCUGUUACCGUCUGCUCUAGCGUCUGCUGCUUUGCCUAUGGGGCCGAAGUCUUUAUCACAAGGGCUAAGCCUGGUCACAUAGUUGGAUACAUGGCCACCAUGUCAGGUCUUCUCAAGGUCGUCCAGGCUUUUGUGGCAUGCAUCAUCUUUGGUGCCCUCGCGAAUGAUAGCGAGUACAACCGUCACAUACCCACACAGUACUGUGUGGUGGUCUACAGCCUGUGCUUUGCGGUCACCGUGGUAGUCGUGGCCAUAACCGUAUCGGGAAGGACGUCUGCUCUGAGGUUCCCUUUCGAUCGGUUUGUGGUCAUUUACACCUUCCUGGCUGUGCUGCUGUAUCUGAGUACUGCCGUGGUCUGGCCUGUCUUUAGCUUUGACAAGAAAUACGGCACACCAGGUCGGCCUGACAACUGCCCACGGGGGAAGUGCCCAUGGGACAGUAAGCUGGUGGUGGCUGUGUUUACACACGUCAACCUGGUCUUAUACUUCACUGAUCUGGUUUACUCCCAAAGGAUUCGCUUUGUCUCGCAGUCUGCCGCCUGA